AGUCAUGAAUACGAAUCCCAACAGGAAAAAAUAUUCAUGAAUGUAACCCCUGAAAAUCCAAAUAAGAAUUCUAACCAGAACCCUAGUGCUCCAAUUAGAUCCGAAAUUGAAGAAAAUUCUAGAGCUCCCAGAACAUCUAGAGUCUUCGGUUCUAGAACAUACCAGUUAGGAGGAAGAUAUCCCAUACCUCAAGCAACACUUGAGUAUAGGGGAGAGAACAGAGAAAGGAUACAAUUUGGUAAAAAAAUGGAAAUUGACCCAAACCAGUUACCUGCUGCAAAACAGCAAGGGACUAUUCUAGAGUUACCAAGUUGGAAUCCACAGCUUUGGGCAGAAAUAAUAGAUCAAUGGGAAAGAGACGCUUGCCGGGCAUGGAUCAAUCGAUCUAUGGAUGGUGAGAUGUUCGAAUUCCUAGAAACACUUCUAGGCCCCAUUGUAGAAUUGUAUUGGAAUACCUUUGAAAGAGAGAACCCAACCUUAGUUGCUGAAACACAAGACUUGGGGGAAAAUCCGUACAAUUUUACCUCUUUAAUCAAAAAGAUGUUCUUAGGAUCUGAUGUAACUGUUGAUUCCGAAAGAGCUUUACAAAAUAAAGCUAUUGAGGAACUUGAGGUCCUUCAGUUAACAUCUUGGUAUCAAAUCGAGUCCUUUUGCAAUGAUUUUCUUAAACUUGUUGCUAGAACGGGACAAUGAUUUGAUGACAACUUAAAUAACAGAAUCUUUGAUAA